GCACAGCCCCACCAUCGCUGGGGUUUCUGUUUUAUUUAUUGGAGGGGAAAGGGGGAGGAAACCAGCCCCCCAAGGUCCCCCCAUGUCCCCUUCUCCCCUUUUCCCCCUUUCCCCUCGUGUCACCUCAGUAGGUAUCUGCUUUCCCACACCCCGAUGAGAGCCGCUUGCCUCCUCCGACUCUGACAAGACACCAGGAAACCAAGAUGGACUACAGAUCCUCCUUCAGUGGAGUCCCAAGGUUUUUAACCCGACCGAAGGCCUUUCUGGUAUCUGUGGGGAAGGAUGCCACCCUGAGCUGCCAGAUCAUUGGAAACCCCGUCCCAGUGGUGAGCUGGGAAAAAGAUAAACUUCCCAUCCAGUCUGGGGGGAGGUUUAAAAUGGUGGAAGAUGGAGAUCUAUACCGGCUCACCAUUUACGACCUCAGCUUGGGCGACAGUGGCCAGUACAUCUGCAGGGCCAGAAACACCAUUGGGGAAGCUUUUGCUGCAGUCAGCAUCAAAGUUGGGGAGGAGACCACCGUGACAGCUUUCGCCCCGUACUUCAUCCAGAAACCCUCCUCCAUCAGAGUCACUUUGGGGGAAGAUGCGACGUUCAGGUGCAAAGUCCAAGGCAGCCCACCACUCUCUGUGAACUGGGAGAAGGACGGGAGGCACCUGCGGGGCCGAUCGGACUCCAAGCGCUUCCAAGUCGAGUCUGCCGGGGAGUCAAACGCUCUCACGAUCCAGUGCGCUCGGCUGGGGGACAGCGGGACAUACACAUGUCGAGCGGAGAACCCCAUCGGCCAAGCCAGCGCUACUGCCGCGCUGGUGGUGGAGACGCAGGGUCCUUGCAACCUGGACAGCCCCAGCCAUUUAGACACGGGCUAUGGCAAGACCACCUCUUUGCUGUCGCAUUUGCAAAAGCGGCGGGAGGAAAUCAGGAAGACGGAUCUAUCCAUCUAUGGAGUCACGGAUACCCCUUCAUACUCAGCCACAGAAGGGCUGUCCGGUAUUGGCUACAGCCUCUCUUUAGACUACGAGAGGGCUGCUAGCCUGACCACCAAAGCGGCUCGAAAUGCCACCUUCAGCGUGACGACCCGCACGUGCAACGUGACAGAGGGGAAGCAUGCCAAGCUGAGCUGCUACGUGACGGGAGAGCCCAAGCCUGAGAUCGUGUGGAAGAAGGACGGCGAGGUGAUUAUGGAAGGGCGCCGGCACAUCAUCUAUGAGGACGAGCAGGAGAACUUCGUGCUGAAGAUCCUCUUCUGCAAACAGGUUGAUAAUGGGCUUUACACGUGCACGGCCUCCAACCUGGCAGGACAGACCUACAGCUCCGUGCUGGUGGUUGUCAAAGAGCCUGUGGUUCCUUUCAAGACAAAGCUGGAGGAUGUUGAAGUUCAGGAGAAAGAGUCUGCCAUGUUCCAGUGCGAGGUGCCUGUUCCAAGCACGGAGACCGCCUGGUUCAAGGAGGAGACCAAACUCCAGCAGAGCAAGAAGUACAACAUCGAAGAAGAGGGAACGUACCGCCGGCUCACCAUUCAGAACGUCACCACGGACGACGAUGCUGUCUAUAUCUGCGAGAUGAAAGAAGGGAGCAGGACCAUUGCAGAACUGACCGUCCAAGGGAACAUCAUUAAGAAGCUGCCACGUAAGACUGCAGUCGGGGUAAAUGAUACGGCGAUAUUCUGCGUGGAGCUGGACAACGAGUGUCAGAACGUCCGCUGGCUGAAGAAUAAGGAAGAAUUGAAGCCCAGCAACCGAAUUUACAUCACCUCAUCGGGCAAGCAACAUACCAUGAUCAUCCGAGACUGCAAGAUGGAGGAUGCUGGAGAGAUUGCGUUCCUGGCAGAAGAAUGCAGAACAUCCACCCAGUUCGCUGUCUGCACUCCCAGGAAGCCUCCCUCCCAUCCUCCAACUAACCCUGUGGUGAAAAAUAAAACAGAAACCUCAGUGACGCUAGCUUGGUCCCCACCCAAGACAGACCGCCCCAUCCCCAUUGACGGCUUUGUCGUAGAACGCAAGAAACUGAUGGGCUUCACCUGGAUGCGGUGUCACGAGUCUCCCGUCCCCGUCCCCGAAUUCACAGUGAGCGACCUGUCGGAAGAGGGAGACUACCAGUUCCGCGUUUCUGCUGUCAACAGCUAUGGGCAGAGCCCUUACCUGGAGUUCCUGGGAUCCCAGCACCUGGAACCGGUCCCGGCCGUGCGAACUCCACUGACAGCUGUCGAAGUCAUAGCAGGAGGAAAUGCUACCUUUUCUAUUGACCUCACAACCAUUUGUUCUGGCACAUGGUACCUUAACGGCAAAGCCUUAGAGAGCAGUGACAUCUAUAUCAUUAAGAGAACCAAGACCACCCACAUCCUCAUCAUAAAGAACGUGACCAAGAAGGACGAUGGGGCGGAGGUGAAGUUUGUUGCCAACAAUGUUGAAAGCAGUACCAAGAUGAGAAUAAGAGGCGUCGCAGUAAGAAUCACUAACAAGAGCGGAGAUGUAGAGAAAGUCUCUGCUCGGCUGCGCGAGGAGGCCCAGCUGCGGGCAGAGCUCUCGGACGCGGCAGCUGCCGUGACGUGGCUCAAGGAUGGGAAGGAGCUCAAGGCCGGGCAGAAGUAUGACCUGCAGACGGCAGAGAAGAAACGCGUCCUGAAGAUUCGCGACGUUGCAGCGGAGGAUGCGGGGCUGUACGAGUGCAUCUGUGAAGGAGAUCGAAUAGUCUAUCAGCUGUCUGUGAAAGCUCUUGCGCACUUUAUAAACAAAGAGAAAGCCGGCGGCAUUAUCAAAGCCAUGCCUGGAAAACAGGCUGAGCUUAUUUCUGAGACCUCGGAAGCGAACAUCAUGGUCGAGUGGUACAAAGAUGGCAAAGCCAUCCACCACACCAAGAAGUUCACCAUGGAAGACAAAGGGAAGUCGCACAAGCUCCUGGUCUCCGCUGUAACGAAAGAAGAUGAGGGAACAUACACGUGCAAAGUUGGAGAAGACACGCUAGUCUUCGAUUUAAAAGUCUCGGAUGAAGCUGUUAAGUUUGUCAGGAAGCCUACAGAAAUCCCCGAAAUUUCCAUCCGUCCUUCUGAGAACCUGGAGCUGGCGUGUGAAGUGUCAGUGGCAAGCGGAGCUGUGGUGUGGAGGAAGGAUCACGCUGAGAUGAAGCAGGACCAGAGAACGGCCAUCACCGCUCGGGGAACACAGCGCAAGCUCGUCGUCAAGAACAUGACUCAACGCGACCAAGGAAGCUACACCUGCGAAACCAAGGAUGACAAAGUGACGUUCCAAGUCCAGGUCCAAGAGACAGAAGAGGUGUUUGCAAACAAGGAGAAGGUGCAGAAGGAGGUGAAGGCCACCCUCAAGGAGAGCGCCACCCUAAGCUGCGAGGUGGCCCAGGCCAAGACCGAAGUGAAGUGGUACAAGGAUGGGAAACUGGUCACCGCCAGCAAGAAAUUCAAGGUGGAGUCCGAGGGCAAAUCCCGGCGUCUGGUUGUGGAGCAGGUGGAGAAAAAAGAUGCUGGAGAAUACACCUGUGAGGCUGCCGGCCAGAAGCUGACCUUCAAGGUCACCGUCACAGAAGUUGAAGAUGUGUUUGCAAACAAGGAGAAGGUGCAGAAGGAGGUGAAGGCCACCCUCAAGGACAGUGCCACUCUCAGCUGCGAGGUGGCCCAGGCCAAGACCGAAGUGAAGUGGUACAAGGAUGGGAAACUGGUCACCGCCAGCAAGAAAUUCAAGGUGGAGUCCGAGGGCAAAUCCCGGCGCCUGGUCGUGGAGCAGGUGGAGAAGAAAGAUGCUGGAGAAUACACCUGUGAAGCAGCCGGCCAGAAAAUCACCUUUAAGGUCACGGUCACAGAGCAUGAGGAUGUGUUUGCAAACCAGGAGAAGGUGCAGAAGGAGGUGAAGGCCACCCUCAAGGAGAGUGCUGCUCUAAGCUGCGAGGUGGCCCAGGCCAAGACCGAAGUGAAGUGGUGCAAGGAUGGGAAACUGGUCACCGCCAGCAAGAAAUUCAAGGUGGAGUCCGAGGGCAAAUCCCGGCGCCUGGUCGUGGAGCAGGUGGAGAAGAAAGAUGCUGGAGAAUACACCUGUGAGGCUGCAGGCCAAAAACUGACCUUCAAGGUCAUCGUCACAGAAGUCGAGGGUGCCUUUGUAAACAAGGAGAAGGUGCAGAAGGAGGUGAAGGCUGCCCUCAAGGAAAGCGCCACAUUGAGCUGCGAGGUGGGCCAAGCUAAGACGGAAGUGAAGUGGUACAAGGACAAAAAACUGAUCACUGCCAGCAAGAACUUCAAGGUGGAGUCUGAGGGCAAAGCCCGGCACCUGGUCGUGCAAGAGUUGGAGAAGAAAGAUGCUGGAGAAUACACCUGUGAGGCAGCCGGCCAGAAACUAACCUUCAAGGUCACCGUCACAGAAGUCGAGGAUGCCUUUGUAAACAAGGAGAAGGUGCAGAAGGAGGUGAAGGCUGCCCUCAAGGAAAGCGCCACAUUGAGCUGCGAGGUGGGCCAAGCUAAGACGGAAGUGAAGUGGUACAAGGACAAAAAACUGAUCACCGCCAGCAAGAAAUUCAAGGUGGAGUCUGAGGGCAAAGCCCGGCACCUGGUCGUGCAAGAGGUGGAGAAGAAAGAUGCUGGAGAAUACACCUGUGAGGCAGCCGGCCAGAAAUUAACCUUCAAGGUCACCGUCACAGAACCCGAAAUUGUGUUUGCAAACAAGGAGAAGGUGCAGAAGGAGGUGAAGGCCACCCUCACAGAGAGCGCCACCCUGAGCUGCGAGGUGGCCCAGGCCAAGACCGAAGUGAAGUGGUACAAGGAUGGAAAACUGGUCACUGCCAGCAAGAAAUUCAAGGUGGAGUCCGAGGGCAAAUCCCGGCACCUGGUUGUGCAAGGGGUGGAGAAGAAAGAUGCUGGAAAAUACACUUGUGAGGCUGCAGGCCAGGAGUUGACCUUCAAGAUUGAUGUCACAGAGCCAGAAACAGGAUUCAUAAACCAGGAGAAGGUGCCGAAAGAGGUAAAGGCUGCUCUCACGGAGAACACCAUCCUGAGCUGCGAGGUGGCCCAGGAGAAAGCUGAAGUCAAAUGGUACAAGGAUGGGAAGCUGCUCAUCCCCAGCAAGAAAUUCAAGCUGGAGUCAGAAGGCAAAACCCGACGUCUGGUUGUGCAGCAUGUGGACAAGAGAGAUGCUGGAGACUACACCUGUGAGGUUGCGGGCCAAAAACUGACCGUCAAGGUUGAGGCAGUCGAAGCUGAAGCAAAAUUCCAAAAGAAACUUGUCCAGAAGGAGCCCAUCGUCGUUCAGGAACAUGAGAGCAUCACGCUGGCCACUUCAGUAACUCCUGAAACUUCUGCAGUUAAGUGGCUCAAGGAUGGGGCUGAGAUCAGGGGAAGCAAGAAAUAUGAGAUCAAGAGCGAUGGGGCCUCCAGGACACUGAUUGUGAAGGUGGCUGAGAGCAAGGACACUGCCGUCUAUACCUGUGAGACCAAGAGUGACAAGCAGGAGUUCAAAGUACAGGUGAAAGAAAUCCCUGUGAAGUUUGCAAAGAAACCGGAAGCCGUGACUGCUGAGAUAGGAGGGAGCCUCUGCCUGACCUGUGAGCUGAGCCAACCCAAGGGGAAAGUGGUGUGGCGCAAGGGCGGCGCGGAGGUCAAAUCCAACAAGCGCUUUCAGAUCCGGGAGGACGGUGUCAAGCGGAUCCUGACCAUCACGGGGCUUAGGGCUGAUGACGAGGGAGAGUAUACCUGUGAAUCCCGAGAUGACAAGAGCACUGUUAAGGUCACUCUCACAGUCCCCAGAGUGGUGAAGUUCACUACAGGCCUUCUCAACACGGUGUGUGAAGAAGGAAAGGAGGCCAACUUCAAAUGCACCGUCUCUCCCAGCGAUGCUGUGAUUACAUGGCACAGGAAUGGGGUCAAAAUUGAAGCCAGCAAGAAAUAUGUGAUCUCUCAGAAGGACUCAAACCACAGCCUCACCAUCACUGACUUGACCAUGAAGGAUGCUGGGGAAAUCUCAGCCAUAGCUGAGGGUGUGGAAACCAAAGCCACCCUGAAGGUCCGAGAGGCACCGGUGCUGUUUAAGAAGAAACUGGAGACCAGAACAGUUGUAGAGCUGGACACGGUGACUCUGGAGGUGGAGCUGACCAAGCCUUCAGCGGUGAAAUGGAUGAGGAACAGCAUCAUGCUGCAGCCGGGCGGAAACCUAGAGAUCACGGCUGAGGGGACAAAGCACAGCCUGACAGUGAAGAACAUCACCUUUGCAGACCGGGGCUUCUACUGCUGUGAGGUUCCUGAGGACAAGACCCAAGCCAAGCUGAAUGUGGAAAUGAGGCAAAUCAGUCUGGUGAAAGGCCUGAAGCCAGUGGAAGUCUCUGAAAAUGGAGCAGCCACCUUCGAGGUCGAGCUGUCUCACGAGGACGUGGAAGGAACCUGGAUGAAGGACAGCGUGAGGCUGAAACCAGCAGCGAACGUUGAAAUGAGGGCCCAGGGGAAGAGGCAUUUCUUGAAACUCUCUUCUUUGAAGCUGGAAGACGCGGGCCUCAUCUCCUUCAAGGCAGAAGGCAUUCAUACAUCAGGGAGACUCACUAUAAAAGAAUUACCUGUGAAAAUAAUCCAGCCUCUGACAGAUGUGCAAGCCAUUGCCAAGGAGGAGGCAAAGUUUGAGUGUGAGCUCUCCAGGUCUAAUGCAGAUGUCAAGUGGUUGAAGGAUGGAUCUGAGUUACAGCAAGGUAAAAAAAUGGGAAUUACUUCCCGAGGAACUAAGCGAAGCCUCAUUAUUCACAAGUGUGAAUGUGAUGACCAAGGAACCUAUGUGUGUGAUGCAAGGGAUGACAAGACUUCAGCUAACCUAAGGGUUCAUGCCCGAGAUAUCAAGAUCAUUAAACCACUGGAAGACGCGGAAGUGAGUGAAAAGGAAAGCGCAACUUUUGUGUGUGAGAUCUCGCAUGAUGAGGUUCAAAUCCAGUGGUACAAUAAUGAUGUCAAACAGAAGGCCAGUGACUACAUCAAGAUGCGUCAAGAUGGAAGGACCCAUUCAUUGAUUUACUUGCUUUGCCAUAUGGAAGAUGCUGGAUUGAUCAAAUUUGUAGCAGAAAACGCAGAAUCUCGAGCACACCUGAGAGUUAACGCACUGCCUAUAAAAAUCCUGAAGCCGUUGCGGAAUAAGAUUGCUUUGGAGAAACACCGGGGUUACCUGGAGUGCCAAGUGUCUAGCCCCACUGCCCGUGUUAAGUGGUAUAAAAAUGACAUCGAGAUCUGCCCUGGCCGUAAAUUCGAGUUUGUGAGUGACGGCGUGUACAGGACACUCAUCAUAAAUGAUGCGACUUUUGCAGAUGAGGACGUUUACACGUGCGAUGCCAUCGAUGACAAAAGCAGCGCUUAUUUCUAUGUGGAAGAGCAAUCCAUCAAUAUUGUAAGGGAGCUGACCGAUGUGGACGUGACAGAGCCGUGGGAAGCCAGGUUUGAGUGUGAGAUCUCCAUCCCAGCUGUGAAAUCUGCCAAAUGGUUGCUGGAUAAGCAAGUCUUGCAGGCUGGCAGAAAUAUCACCAUUGAGCAAGAAGGCACCGUCCAUCGGCUGAUUCUGUGGAAGACCAGUGCCGACAUGACGGGCACCGUUCAGUUUGCAGUUGGCAAAUCAAAAUCCACGGCUAACCUGCUUGUAAGAGAACUCAACGUGCAGAUCACCCGGAAGCUGGAAGACAAGACUGUCUUGGAGCGCCGGUCCGUCAUCCUGUCCUGUGACUUCAAGCCUUCUCCGAAGAUAAUAGAGUGGUUAAAGGAUUACAUCCCCAUUGAACCCUCUGACAAGUACAAGAUCACCCGGGAAAAGCACUCGGCAGAACUCAAAAUUGUCAAAGUGAGGCCUGAAGAUGCCGGCGUGUACACGUGCAAACCCGGAAACGCAGUGACCGAAGCCACGCUGACCGUGGAAGCUCGGAUGGUGGAAAUAAUUCAACACCUGCAGGACGUGGAGGUGGAGGAGGAGGACUGCGUCAGCUUCUCCUGCGAGCUGUCUCAUGACGAUGAGGACGUGGAAUGGUUCCUCAAUGAAACCCUCCUCUACAGCAGCAAUUACAAUGAAAUCAAGCAGAUCGGAAGGUGCCACAUGCUGACGAUGAAGCAGGUGAAACCGGAGGACGCGGGAACAGUGACCAUCAAAUCUGAGAAGAUCUCGGAGAGCGCUCAGCUGAAGGUGAUAGAGAAGCUGGCCGUCUUCAUGAAAUCCUUGGAUGACGCUGUUGUUGAGGAGCGUGGUGUACUCAAACUGGAAUGCGAGGUCUCCAAACUAAAGGUCAAACCCAUCUGGAAGAAGGACAACGUGGAGAUCAGCCGUGGUGACAAGUAUGAGCCAAUGCAAGCUGGGAAGACCCUGUGCCUUGUUAUCCGUGAUGUGACCAAAGACGAUGCUGGUAUAUACACGUGCGAUAUUGGUACCGAUGUUGCCAAGUCAAAAGUCAGCGUUCAGGAGCUGAAUAUCGGUAUCACUAAACGCCUGAAGAACACUGAAGUCCUAGAAGGAGAGGAGUGUAGUUUUGAAUGCAUUUUGUCCCAUGAAAGCAUUGGUGAAUUCCAGUGGACAUUGAACGGGACUAAAGUAGAAAGCGGGGGAAGGUUUAGGACCCCUAGCAAGGGUCGAAAAUACAACCUCAACAUCAAAAAAGUGGUUGCAACUGAUGCUGGAGAAGUGGUCUUCACGGCUCGUAACUUAAUCUCCAAGGCCUUGCUGAUUGUGAAAGAAAAAACACCUGAGAUUUUAAAGGAGCUGGAGGAUAAGAAAUCAUCUACAGGCCAAGAUGUCAGCCUGAGCUGUGAAUUUUCCAGACCCAAUGGAAACAUGAAAUGGUUCAAGGAUGGCAAAGCUAUCCGGAAAAGCCAGAAAUAUGACCUGCAUCAGGAUGGGUCACGGUCCAUAUUGAUCAUCCACGACGUCACCAUGAAGGACGCGGGGGAGUACUCGUGUGAGAUGGACGACUCUAAAACGAAAGCGCUGCUCACGGUGGAAGAUAAACCCAACUUUUUUGUCACGGAGCUUUCAGACCUGCGAGCUGAAGAAAAAGGCGCAGCUGUUUUCACGUGCCAGACGAAGAAAACCGCCCCCACGGUGACCUGGAAAAAAGGGACAGCAGAGCUCAAGGCCAGCAAAAAAUACAAGAUCAGCCAAAAAGAGGAGCUCCUCCAGCUCACCGUGAACGACCUUGAGAAAAGCGACAGUGACACCUACACCUGCGACAUCGGUGACGUCCAGUCCAGAGCCAAGCUGGCCGUGCAAGCCCUGCCCGUCCUUUUUAAGCAAAACCUGCAGAACACGGAAACAGAAGAGGGGAGCACGGUGGUUCUGCGCUGCGAGCUCACUAAACCCAAUGCCCCAGUGGUGUGGAAGAAGGCAGGAGCUGCCCUUCAGGCAAAUGCCAAGUACGAGAUGAAGCAAGACGGUUCGGUGGCAGAGCUGGUGAUCCACAAUGCCAAAUCUGAAGAUGCAGGACGGUACACCUGCGAUACCGGAGACCAGCAGACGACCGCUCAAGUCCGAAUCCGUGCCCUGCCUGCGCUCAUCAAAGAGGAGCUGAAGAACGUGGAAGCCACGGAAGGCGGCACAGCCACCCUGCGCUGCGAGCUGAGCAAGUCUGCCGCCGUGGAGUGGAAGAAGGGGCCCAAGGCUCUCAGGCAAAGCGGCAAAUACCGCAUGAAGCAAGAAGGCACGUCUGCUGAGCUGGUGAUCCGUGAUCUGGACCUAAAGGAUACCGGAGAUUACACCUGUAUAGUUGGAGACCAAAAAACCACAGCAGCCCUAUCAGUAAAUGCCCUCCCCGCACGCUUCAAAAAAGAGCUGAAGAACGAGGAGGCCACGGAGAGCGGGACAGCCACUCUGCAGUGUGAGUUGACCAAGGCCGUGGACUCGGUCGAGUGGACGAAGGAUGACAAGGUGCUCAAACCGAGUGGCAAAUACCGAAUGAGACAAGAAGGUCGUUUUGCUGAGCUGAUUAUCCAAGAUCUAGAUUUAAAGGAUGCUGGAAAUUACACAUGCGUCUGUGGCGGCCAGAAGACAACUGCUGCUUUAACAGUAAACGCCUUGCCUACCCUCUUCCAAGAAGAACUGAGGAGCACAGAGGCUAAAGAGGGCGAGGAAGUCACUUUGCACUGCGAACUGAGCAAGUCUGCCCCCGUGGAGUGGAGAAAGGGGCAUCAGGCUCUGAAACCCGGGGACAAAUACAAAAUGAAGCAAGAGGGUCCCUUUGCUGAGCUGGUGAUCCAGGAUUUGGAGUUGACGGACACCGGCAACUACACCUGCGUGUGCGGAGACCAGAAGACUUCAGCCACUUUGACAGUGAAUGCCCUGCCAACGCUUUUCACCAAAGAACUGAAAAACGAAGAAGCUACAGAGGGUAAAAGUGCCACCCUGCGCUGUGAACUGAACAAGGCUACUGCAAAAGUGGAGUGGAAAAAGGGACACAAGGCCCUUAGACCAACAGACAAGUACAAAAUGAGGCAAGAAGGGGCUGUUGCAGAGCUGAUCAUCCAAGACCUCGAGCUGACGGAUGCUGGAAAUUAUAUCUGUGUGUGUGGAGACAAGCAGACUAUGGCAUCUGUAACAGUACACGCCCUGCCUGCAUUUUUCAAAGAAGGAUUAAAAAACAGGGAGGCCACAGAAGGUGCAACAGCCACUCUUCACUGUGAGCUGAGCAAAGCUGCUGUCCCAGUGGAGUGGAAAAAAGGGCACAAAACACUCAAACCAAGUGACAAGUAUCGACCGAGACAGGAAGGUGCCGUGGCAGAACUGACCAUCCGUGAUCUACAUGUGGAGGAUACGGGAGAUUAUACCUGUGCGUGUGGAGACCAGAAGACCUCUGCUAUCUUGACAGUCCACGCUCUACCCACGCUGUUCACAAAAGAGCUCAGAAACGAGGAAGCCACAGAAAGCGGGACAGCAACUCUGCGCUGUGAGCUCAGCAAAGCCACUCCCGUAGAGUGGAUGAAGGAUCAAAAGGCACUCAAGUCUAGCGACAAAUAUAAGAUGAGACAAAAGGAUGUCACGGCUGAGCUGACGAUCCACGACCUGGAGGAACACGAUUCUGGAGAUUAUACGUGCAUAUGUGGAAACCAGAAGACCACUGCAUCCUUGACAGUUCAUGCCCUCCCUCUGCGUUUCAAGAAGGAAUUGAAGAACUUGGAAGCCACCGAAAAUGGGACGGCCACUCUGCGCUGUGAGCUGAGCAAGCCUGCUGCUCCAGUGGAGUGGAAGAAGGGAGACCAAGUGCUCAGGUCCAAUGAAAAGUUCACCGUCACACAGGACGGCGCAGUGGCCGAGCUGGUGAUUCAUGAUUUGGAUCCGACAGAUGCCGGAAACUAUACAUGCAUGUAUGGAGAUCAGCAAACCAGAGCUGCCUUGACCGUGAAUGCCCUGCCUGCACAUUUCAAAGUGGAAAUGAAGGAGGAGGAAGCCACGGAAGGGGGCACAGCCACCUUGCACUGUGAGCUCACCAAGGCUGCUGCAGUGGAGUGGAAAAAGAAACACAAGGUGCUCAAACCAGGUGACAAAUAUACCAUGAGGCAGGAAGGCGCCACUGCCGAACUAGUGAUCCAUGAUUUAGAGGUGAAGGACUCUGGCGAUUAUACUUGUGUAUGCGGAGACAAGAAGACAACGGCCGCUUUGACCGUGCACGCCCUGCCGGCUUUUUUCAAAGAAGAAUUAAAACGCAAAGAAGCCACAGAAGGUGAAGCGGUCACUCUGCGCUGUGAGCUGAGCAAGGCUUCUCCUGUGGAGUGGAAGAAGGGGCACCGGGUCCUCAAACCAAGUGACAAAUACAAAAUGAGGCAGAAGGACACCAUGGCAGAGCUGGUGAUCCACCAGGUGGAUGACAGCGAUGCUGGUGAUUAUACCUGCGUGUGCGGAGACCAGCAGACCACCGCUGCCUUAGCAGUGCACGCCCUGCCUGCGCUCAUCAAAGAGGAGCUGAAGAACGUGGAAGCCACGGAAGGUGGCACAGCCACCCUGUGCUGCGAGCUGAGCAAAGUCGCUCAAGUGGAGUGGAUGAAAGGGAGCAGCUUGCUCAAAGCUGGUGACAAGUACAAAAUGAGACAAGACGGUGCCACGGUGAAACUGCUUAUUCAUGAUGUGGACCCAAAGGAUGCUGGAGUUUACACCUGCGUGUGUGGAGAUCAGAAGACAACGGCUGCCUUGACAGUGCAUGCCCUGCCUGCACUUUUCAAAGAAGCACUGAAAAACCUGGAAGCCACCGAAGGCGAAACAGCCACUCUGCACUGCGAGCUGAGCAAGCCUGCUCCGGUGCAGUGGAAGAAAGGGGUCAAAAUACUUCACGCGAGUGAAAAAUACAGCCUGAAACAAGAUAAUGUUACUGCUGAGCUGAAGAUCCAUGACUUAGGUCUGCAGGAUACAGGAGACUACACAUGCGUGUGUGGCGAGAAGCAGACCAGAGCUACCCUGACAGUGAAUGCCUUGCCCGUGCUCUUCAAGGAAGAACUGAAGGAGGCGGCAGGUACGGAAGGAGGAUCGGUCACCCUGCACUGUGAGCUGACAAAAGCUGCUCCCGUAGAGUGGAAAAUAGGGCAAAACGUGCUCAAAGCAAGUAGCAAAUAUCAAAUGAAGCAGCAAGAUACCGUGGUCGAGCUGGUUAUUCACGGAGUAGAGCUGAAGGACGCUGGAGGUUACACCUGUGUGUCUGGUGACCAGAAGACGACCGCUGCUUUAACAGUACAUGCUCUUCCUGCUCUUUUCAAAGAAGAAUUAAAGAGUAAAGAAGUCAAAGAAGGAGGAGAGACCGCUCUGUCCUGUGAGCUGACCAAAGCUGCUCCCGUGGAGUGGAAGAAAGGGGGCACAGUGCUCAGAGAAAGUCAGAAAUACAAAAUGAGACAGGAAGGUGCCCUGUCCGAGCUGGUUAUCCGCACGCUAGACGUGAAGGACACUGGCAACUAUAUGUGCGUAUGUGGAGACCAGCAGACGACGGCCACCUUAACCGUGACGGCCUUGCCAGCGCUUUUUAAGGAAGAGCUAAAGAAUAAGGAAGGUAAAGAAGGCGGAGAAGCCGCUUUGCACUGUGAGCUGACCAAGGCUGCACCCGUAGCCUGGAAGAAAGGACACAAGAUUAUCAAACCCAGUGAGAAGUACAAAAUCAGACAGGAAGGUGCCACUGCAGAGCUGGUGAUCUGUGAUCUCAAUGAGAAGGAUGCAGGAGAUUAUACCUGUGUGUGUGGAGAAUAUCAGACCACAGCUGCCUUGACAGUGCAGGCUCUGCCUCCAUUUUUCAAAGAGGAAAUGCACAGCAAGGAUGCCCGCGAAGGUGACACAGCCAUGCUGCGCUGUGAGCUGAGCACGGCGGCUGCCCCCGUGCAGUGGAUGAAGGGACACCAGGUGCUCCAGCCAGGCAGCAAGUACACGAUGAGACAAGAAGGCUGCAUUUCAGAGCUGGUGGUCCACGAUAUCCAUCUGAAGGAUGCAGGAGAUUACACCUGUGUGUGUGGAGACCAGAAGACCACGGCUGCCUUAACAGUGCAUGCCUUGCCUCCUGUGUUCAAGAAGGAACUGCAGGACUUGGAAGCCACAGAAAGUGGCGCUGUCACGCUGCGCUGCGAGCUGACUAAGGCUGCUCAAGUGGAGUGGAAGAAAGGGCACCAAGUGCUCAAAACAAGUGAGAAAUACCAAAUGAGGCAGGAUGGGGCCAUCGCAGAGCUGGUUAUUCAAGAGCUAGACCUAAAAGACACUGGGGAUUACACCUGCUUGUGUGGAGACCAGCGGACCGCGGCCACCUUAACAGUGAAUGCCCUGCCAGCCCUGUUCAAACACGAGCUUCAGAAUAUGGAGGCAGAAGAAAGCAGCGCCGUCACUUUGCAGUGUGAGCUCACCAAACCCAACGUGCCGGUGGGUUGGAAGAAAGGACCUACCCCUCUCUCUCCUAGCUCGAAAUAUGAAAUGAGGCAGCGGGGCUCCAUUGCUGAACUGGUCAUUCAUGACUUACAACUGGAAGACUCAGGAGAAUAUACCUGUGACUCUGGGGAUCAGCAGACGACUGCGGCAGUGGCCGUACAUGCCCUGCCAGUUGUAUUUAAGCAACCUCUUCAAAACAAGGAGGCUGAGGAAGGAGGGACCGCUGCAUUAUGUUGUGAGCUCUCAAAACCCAAUUUUCCUGUGGAAUGGAGGAAAGGAGGUCUGGGGCUCCGGCCCAGCGAUAAGUAUGAAAUGAAACAGAGGGGAUGCUCUGUAGAGCUCUUAAUACACAACCUCAGACUAGAAGACACGGGAGAGUACAGCUGUGAUACUGGGGAUCAAGAAACAAAGGCUUCGCUAAACGUGAAAGCCCUCCCAGUUCUGUUCAGAAAGAAGCUCCAAGACAAGGAAGCAGAAGAAGGAGCUUCAGUAAGACUCGAGUGUGAGCUGACAAAGGCCAAUGCAGUUGUGGAAUGGAGGAAAGGCACCGUGGACCUCUUCCCAUGUGCCAAAUAUGAACUGAAAUUGCAGGGUCACGUCGCUGAACUUGUCAUUCACAACGUGGAACCAGAAGACGCCUCUGAUUACACUUGCGACACUGGAGACCAGCAGAGCACGGCCGUCCUCAGAGUGAACGCCAUCAAACCCCAGUUCACGCGGCAGCUGAAGAACGAGGAAGCAGAAGUUGGAGGAAAAGUCAAACUCCGCUGUGAGGUCACGAUCGCUAACGCUACAGUGGAGUGGGAGAAAGACGGCACGGUGCUUCAGUCCGGUCCCAAGUAUGACAUGAGACAAGACGGUACCAUUCACGAGCUGCAUAUACAUCGCUUGGAGUCAGCGGAUGCUGGAGAGUACUCCUGCAUUGCUGGGGAGCAAAUGAGCACUGCAGUGUUGACUGUGAAGGAACCUGAUGUGACCAUCGUUAGUGGCCUGAAGAACAUGGUGGUUUUUGAGGAAGAAGACGCCGUGUUUCAGUGCAAGGUGUCUCAUGAGAAUGCAAAGGACGUGGAGUGGAAGCUACAGGAUGUUGCUCUGCAAAGCAAUGAAAUGAAUGAGAUCUCUGUGGAGCAAGGCAAGAUUCACACGUUGAGACUGAGGAAGGUCACCCAGCAGGAUACGGGCACCAUCACUUUCCGAGCGGGGCCAUACACAUCCACGGCAGAGCUCACCGUGAAAGCGUUGCCCCCGGUCUUCAAAGAGAAGCUAAAGAACCUAGAUAUGCAGGAGGACGGUACGGCCGUCUUCACGUGCCAGGUCUCUCAGCCCAAUGUCUCAGUGGAGUGGAGGAAGGGCUCCCAAGUGAUUUCUUCAAGUACCAAAUAUGACAUCAGGCAAGAAGGGAUGACCCAUACAUUGAAGAUUUAUAAUUUAAAACCAGAAGACUCCGGAAAAUACACUUGUGAUAACGGAAACCAGCAAACGACAGCCCUGUUAACUGUCCAAGGCAUCCCAGCACUAUUUGAAAAAACCCUCCAGAACCAAGAAGCCGAGGAGGGCUCCACUGCCACCCUGCACGCCGAGCUUUCAAAACUCGAUGCGCCAGUGAAGUGGCGAAAGGGCUCAGUCCUGCUCCAAAGCGGUGCCAAGUAUGAGAUGAGGCAGUCGGGAUCCAGCGUGGAGCUCCUGAUUCGUGACGUGCAGCUGAAGGAUGCCGGAGACUACACCUGCGAUUCUGGCGAUCAGCAGAGCACUGCAUCGCUGCUGGUAAAAGCUUUGCCAGUGCUUUUUAUACAACCGCUGCAGAAUCAGCAAGAGGAAGAGGGUGGCACCAUCACCCUGAGCUGUGAGAUCUCUAAACCCAACGCCCCUAUCAAGUGGAAGAAGUCAGGGAAAUUGCUGCAGCCCAGUGACAAGUAUAAGAUGCACCAGUCAGGCCUCGUGGCCGAGUUGACAAUUUGUAACCUGAAGGAAGGCGAUGCUGGGGAGUACACCUGCGACACGGGAGACCAGCAAACCACUGCAGCACUGUCUGUGAAAGAGCCAGCAGCAAGCAUAGUGGAGGUGCUAAAGGACAUCACCUUGUAUGAAGGAGAGGACGCCGUGUUCGAAUGCAGGCUCUCCCGGGAGAACGUCCAGGACGCGCAGUGGUGCCUGGGAGGGGUCCCGCUCCAGGUCAAUGAAAUGAAUGAGAUAAAAGUGCAAGGGAAGCUUCACACCCUCACCCUGCGGAGGGUCACGCUAGAAGACUCCGGUCCCAUCAGUGUCAAAGUGGGGGCUCAGACCUCCGAGGCCCAGCUCACAGUGCAAGCCAAGAACAGUAUUAUGCAGGGUUUGGAGAACGUGGAAGCAGUGGAAGGUGGUGAAGCCCUGUUUGAAUGCUACCUUUCCAAACCAGAGACCUACAAUUAUAACUGGCUGAUUGAUGACGAGCCUGCCAAAACCACAGAAAACGUUGAGGUGGUUUACUUUGAAAAUGGGCUCAGGCAUCUCCUCCUGUUGAAGAACCUCACUCCCCAGGACAGCUGCAGGGUGACAUUCAUGGCGAGCGAUGCAGUGACGUCCGCCUUCCUGACUGUGAAAGGAUGGCGCCUGGAGUUUUUGAAGCCUAUAGUUGAUACUGAAGUCCUGGCUGGGGACCAAGCUACAUUUAGCUGUCUUUUAAGUGAAGCAGUGCCAGUCAGUGAGAUUGCCUGGUAUAUUAAUGACAUGGAGAUCCAACCUGAUGAGAACUGGGAAAUCCAGGUAGAUGGUAACAGCUAUAAACUGAUCCUAAAGAAAGCCCAACUGCAUCAUUCCGGAGAGGUGACGUUUGCAUCAAGGGAUGCCAUUGCAUCAGCCAAGUUAUCUGUAGUAGCCCUCCCUGAUCCCCCUGAAGAUCCAGAGAUUGUAAGUAAGAGCAGCCAUUCUGUAACUCUGUCCUGGUUCACCCCCCUGAGCAACGGCGGCUGUGGCAUCCUAGGCUACAAUGUUGAGAGAAAACCCCCAGAUAGUGGUUGGCAGCUGUGCAACGAGGAGGUUAUUCCAAACACCGAGUUUGUGGUCGACAACCUCAGGCCGGGAAAGCCCUACCGAUUCCGCGUUGCCGCCGUCAACAAAGUGGGUGUUGGCAAACCGGUGCACAUCCCUCAGACCGUGCAGCUAGAGCCUCCGGUUACGAUCACUCAUCAUUUAGUCGGCACGUCAGUCUUGGAAGGGGAGGUGGCCCGCUUGGAGUGUGAGUUAUCCAGAGAAACCCGGGAGGCGGCUACCUGGCUCAAAGGAAAAGAACGCAUACAUGCUGGAGGAAGAUAUGAAAUAAUCUCUGAGGGCAAGAAACAGGCACUCCUUAUUCAUGCAUUCAAGCCUGAAGACCAAGGCUUGUACACCUGUGUAGCUUCACCAGACGUCAAGUCCUCUGCCAGCUUGUCUCUUGAAGUUCCCACAGUGGCCAUGCUAAAAGAGAUCGCCCAGGAAGCACCGCCCGUGAGCAAACCUGAAGAGAUGGUAGAUGGUCAGAUCCAGCCCAGCUUGCCACCAGAGGCUGCUCAGGAGGGCGACCUGCACCUGCUUUGGGAAGCUCUGGCCAAGAAGCGAAGAAUGAGCAGGGAGCCGACCCUGGACUCCAUCAGCGAAGUGCCUGAAGAGGAUGAUAAGCUGCAGAAAGCGAAGAAGGAAGAAGCCGAGAUGUCUCAUUAUUACUCAGAGGAGUACUCCACAUGCGACGAGCUGACUCGAACAGGAGAAGCAGACUUUUCCUUGACAAGCUCAGAUGACGAGUCUAGGGCUGGGACACCUUCACUUGUGACUUACCUCAAAAAAGUUGGGAAAUCUACCAUUAGCAUCAGCGGCAAGGUUCAGACCAUCUCCACUAGUAAAACCUCGAAAGAGUGGGAGCAGUCUGGUGUUGAGGCACGUGUGCCUGCACCACCUCCCACUCAGGCUGAGCCAGAAGCCCAAACAGAAGAGUUAGAUGAUCCUUCCAUGAACAAGGCAGCUGUGAAAAUUCAGGCUGCAUUCAAAGGGUACAAAGUGAGGAAGGAAAUCAAGCAGCAAGAAUGCCCUGUGUUUGUUGAGACCUUCAAGGACUUUAAUGGGGAGCUGGGGAGCACCCUCCAUCUCGAGUGCCUGGCCCAGAGCAAAACCGAUAUGAAGGUCCGUUGGCUGAAGGACAGGGAGGAGCUUUCCGAUGGGCGCCACUAUCACAUAGAUAAUUACAGCGAUGGGACCUGCUCGUUGAUCAUCACUGGCCUAGACAUGCAGGACACGGGGACUUACACCUGUGAGGCAUCCAAUAAGUUUGGGAAGGUUUCUCACAGUGCAAAGGUGGUGGUCAGCAGCCCGGUGCCGGAGGUGCCUCGUAAGCACAAGCUGGCAAAGCGCGUCAAGGACAGCGAGACCGACAGCUCCUCCGGCAGCGAACUGGAUGACGCCUUCCGCAAAGCAGGAAGGAGGCUUCAUAAGAUCUUCAAAUCCAAGAUCCCCACGGAGAUAUCAGACGUGGAGGAAGAGCUGUUUGUCAGCGCAGAGGAAGGGGACGAAGAAGUGGCGGAUCACCAGACGUACCGCGAGGACGAUCGAUACAUCUACAUCAAGUUUGAAAUUAUGACGGAGGCAAAAACAGCCGCUAGCCGCUUCCAAGAGAUGUUUGCUGCUUUGGGUAUCCCUGUAGAGAUCGACAUCCUGGACCAGGGCCCUAAGAAAAUCGAGCUGCGCAUCGGGAAAGCAACGCCGCCUGCCCAAGGUCAGAUUCCAGCUCUAGUCAAAAGACCUCCACCCCCUCUGCUGACUUCUGAUACAGCUCCCAUCUUCAUAACUGAGCUCCAGAACCAAGAGGUGCAGGACGGCUAUCCAGUCAGCUUUGACUGUGUUGUUAUCGGCAAACCUCUGCCCACUGUGCGCUGGUUCAAGGAUGGGAAAGUCCUUGAGGAAGAUGAUCAUUAUAUGAUCAAUGAAGACCAAGAAGGCUGCCACCAGCUUAUCAUCACAGCUGUAGUCCCUACGGACAUGGGCGUCUACCGCUGUCUUGCUGAAAACAGCAUGGGAGUGGCUUCGACCAAGGCUGAAUUGAGAGUGGACCUGACCAGUACUGACUAUGAUACAGCAGCAGAUGCAACAGAGACAUCAUCUUAUUACAGUGCCAAAGGAUACGUCUCAAGCCGGGAACAAGAGGAGUCCACCACUGAAGAGGAGCAGCUGCCUCAGAUCCUAGAUGAGCUUCAUGAUAUUCACGUAGCUCCUGGGGCACCCUUGGCUAAAUUUCACGUGAAGGUGAAAGGGUACCCAGAACCUCACCUUUACUGGUUCAAGGAUGGGCAGCCAUUACAUGCUUCAGACCGAAUCCUAAAGACUGAGAAGAAAGAUUUUAAUGCGCUGGAAGUUCUCGGUGUCAUGAAGGAAGAUGCUGGUCAAUACUCAGCAUUUAUUACCAACUCUGCUGGCUCUGCAUAUACCUCAGCCAGACUGGUGGUCAAAGAUCCUGAGGAGAAGGAAGAACCACCAGAAACAGAGGCCCAAGAACAGCUGGUACCACCCAGGUUCCUGGAAAGAUUCACCAACAAGAGAGUGAAGAAAGGUGUAAGCAUCACCUUCUCAGUGAAGGUUGAAGGAAACCCACUGCCCAGCAUUACUUGGCUGAAAGAAGAAUCUAAGGAAGAUGUCCUCUGGAUCAAGCCAGAGACCCCGGGGUACAAACUCGCCAGUUCCAACAUGCAUCACAGCCUGAUCCUGCUGGAUGUUGGAAAGAAGCACAGUGGGACCUACACUUGCAUUGCCACCAACACGGCUGGCCAGUCCAUCUGCACCGCCUCCCUCGACGUUCUGGACGUAAAAGAGGCUGAAGUUCUGACGAAGGAGCGCAUAAUGGUGACAGAAGCUGUAAUGACCACGCUAGGGUACGAUGGAGACAGGGACAGAAAAGAACAUGGAAUUGGCAUCUCUGUCCUGCCUCCUGAACCAGGCAAAAGAGAGCUUUUAGAAGGUGAAGCUGGUAGAGAAGGUGUGUCCAGAAGUCAAAUUUCGUUAUCUGAUGUUGGAACGGAAGAAUUCCUCCAGAAACUCACCUCCCAGAUCACAGAAAUAGUGUCUGCAAAAAUAAGUCAGGCCACGCUUCGUGUACCUGGGGCAGACAGUGAUGACGAGUCCAAGACCCCGUCAGCAUCUCCGCGUCAUGGCAGGUCCAGACCUUCGUCGAUCGCUCAGGAAUCCUCUUCUGAAUCUGAAGACGGGGAUGCGAGAGGGGAGAUCUUUGACAUCUACAUGGCCACAGCCGACUACAUGCCCAUUGGAGGUGAAAGGGAAGCCAUUGUUCUGAAGGAAGGCCAGUAUGUGGAAGUCCUCGAUUCAGCUCAUCCCCUGAAGUGGUUAGUCAGGACCAAGCCCACUAAAUCCAGCCCCUCCCGGCAAGGAUGGGUUUCUCCAGCAUAUCUAGACAAGAAGUUGAAGCUGUCCCCUGAGUGGGGAGCGCCAGAGGUUCCUGAGUUCCCUGGAGAGUCUCUGUCUGAAGAUGAAUAUAAGAAGAAGCUGAACCUUAUUAUUCAGGAACUACUGAAUUCAGAGGAGGAGUUUGUCAAAGAUCUGCAGUUCCUCCAGACUCACCAUCUGCACCACAUCGAGACCUACCCCAGUGUCCCAGCGCCUGUGGCUAGUCAGAAGUCCAUCAUCUUCAGAAAUGUCGACGACAUUGCUCACUUCCAUUGCAGCGCUUUCUUCCCAGACCUGAAGAAAUGCGACACUGAUGAUGAUGUGGCCAUGUGCUUCAUUAAGAACGAGGAGGAUUUUGAUAAGUACAUCCAGUAUCUGGUGGGACGGAUACAGGCUGAGUCCAUCGUUGUCAGCAAAGCUGUUCAGGACUUCUACAAGAGAUACUCCGAGGAAACGUUAGCUAGCGAGGAUCCGUCUCAGCCACCUGUCCCCCCGCUGCAGCACUACCUGGAGAGACCCAUAAACAGGAUCCAGCAGUAUCAAACUGUAAUCAAGGAAUUAAUCCGGAACAAAGCAAGAAACCGGCAAAACUGCGCACUGCUGGAACAGGCUUAUGCCAUUGUAUCGGCACUCACCCGGAGAGCAGAAAACAACCUCCAUGUCUCACUGAUUGAGAACUACCCAGGGACGUUGGAGAUCCUUGGAGAACCUAUUCGACAGGGUCACUUCAUUGUGUGGGAAGGAGCACCAGGAGCCAGAAUGGCAUGGAAAGGUCAUAACCGCCAUGUCUUCCUCUUCAAGAGUUACAUUCUGAUAUGCAAACCCAAACGGGACACCAGGACAGACACCUAUACCUACACCUUCAAGAACAUGAUGAAGCUGUCAAACAUAGAUGUGAAUGACCAAGUGGAAGGAGAUGAACGGGCCUUUGAGAUCUGGCAUGAGCGAGAAGACUCGGUCCGCAAGUACCUACUUCAAGCUCGUACAGUCAUCAUCAAGAACUCCUGGGUGAAAGAAAUCUUUGGCAUACAGCAGCGUAUCAGCCUGCCUGUGUGGAUACCUCCGGACUUUGAGGAAGAGCUGGCUGACUGUACAGCCGAGCUGGGCGAAACGAUCAAGUUGGCCUGCAAAGUUACAGGAGCCCCUAAGCCAGUCAUCAGCUGGUAUAAAGAUGGCAAACCAGUGGAGGUGGACCCACAUCACAUUAUAAUAGAAGAUCCUGAUGGCUCAUGCACAUUGAUCUUGGACAAUCUGACAGGUGUCGACUCAGGACAAUACAUGUGCUUUGCGGCCAGCCCUGCCGGUAAUGCCAGUACGCUAGGAAAGAUCCUUGUUCAAGUGCCACCAAGGUUUGUGAGCAAGGUUAGAAAUGCUUAUUAUGUUGAAGGAGAAGAUGUUCAGUUCACCUGUACCAUCGAAGGAGCACCUUUCCCACAAAUCAGAUGGUUCAAAGAUGAUGCCCUGCUGACCGAUCCCGGUAAAUACCAGACUUUCAGUGAGCCACGGAGUGGCGUGUUAGUCCUGGUGAUCAAAAACCCCUCUAAGGAAGACAUGGGAUACUAUGAAUGUGAGCUGGUGAACAGAUUAGGGUCAGCAAAGAGCGGAGCAGAACUUUACCACCAGAGUUUGGCAUUGCUGACCCAGGAGCGGAGAGGAGACCAGGCCAUCACCAUAGAAGUCACUGAACAAGAGACUAAAGUGCCCAAGAAAACCAUCAUCAUAGAGGAAACGAUAACAACCGUGGUGAAGACCCCAAGGCAAAAGCGAAGGCUGUCUCCUGCCCGUUCUUCCUCAGGACACUCUCCAUCUCGCUCUCCACGAUCAGAGCUAUCAACCCCAGAGCCCGUUUACAUUUCGAAGGUCCAGCAGCCUGUACACAAGCAGGAGAAAGAGGCGGUGCUGAAAGGCGCCAUCCCUGUGCUUUUUGUGACGGAGCCAGAUGAAAGACAAGGAGCGGCAUCUAGAGACAUCGUCAUAGAAACCAAGGUGGAAGAACAGAAACCCAAAUGGGUCGAAGUGGAGGAAAUCAUUGAAUUCAAGGUGAAAAAACCACAAAAAACUACAAGGAAGAGAGGAGCAUCUCCAGUGAAACAAGGAAAAGAUGACUCAGGUGUGCUAACAUUCACGCUGCCUGGUCCCAGACCUAGGCAUUCCCCAGAAGAUGAUCCAAACACUAAUAACUCCAACAAUAAAUUAGUAGAGCAAGCCAAGUCUUCCCUUCCUACUGACAGUCUUUCAGAAGUUGACAUCCCUCCCCUUGCCUACGGAGAUGACCAGGAAGGAGAUCCAGUCAGCAGUGAUAACAUGAGUUCUCAGUGUGGGCCUGAACAGUUAGGCAGCACUUCUUUUAUUGAUUAUGGGACUGAAGGAAAGACCUGCACACAGGAAGUAAGUGAGGGCAGUGGUUCAGAAACUACUUCCCCACUGCUUGCCUGUGGGGGUGAACCCUUAGCCUUUAGCUUUGAGACAGCUGAUGUAAGGAAACAUGACCUCCCACCUUCGCAAGCAAGUGUGGAGGUUAAAGAAGACACUGAUGAUGAGUUAGAAGUACCGUGGACUGCUGAAAAGGGAGAUCUGGAGCCAGUACAAGAUGAGGGUCUUCCAGAAGGAGAAAAUAUUGUUAUAAUUGAUGAGCCAGAAGAACUAGAAAGAGAUGAUAUUAGCAACCGGGACCCCAAAAUCCUGACCCACAAUGGGAAGGCAUUGACUCUGGAAGACCUUGAAGACUACGUUCCUGAAGAAGGCGAGACAUAUGGGUGCGACAAUCAGAACUACACCAGAGACAAACCUUGUGAGAUCUCUGUGCUUCAGACAGAAAUUAAUGAACCAACCAUUGGGAAGCCGGUGCUGCUGAAUCUGGGGAGAUCUGUGGCUCCUAAACCAAAGCAAAGCUUCUUCAGCAAGUUCAAGGAGCACCUUCCCGGAGGCAUGUUCAUGUCAGCAUCAAGAGUAACAGGAAUGCAGUCCAUGGGUCCAUCCAACGUUUCCUUCCACAGAGAAAAGCUAUUCUUCUUGUCUGUAGGAGAGGCCUCCCCACAGUCAAAGCUGGAGAAUUCGGUCCGGGCCUCACUUGAGCGUGCAGAUAAGGAGAUAAAGACGGCUCUGAAGAAACUCGUGGGUGCCACGGUACCGCGUUCAACUCUUCCUCCAAGUGCAGAAACAGAGGCUGAUCAUCUUGGUGUUCUUGAAGCUGCACCUUCUGACCAUUCAGAUCAAGAAACUAGGCCUCCCGUGAUAGUUCAUGAAGCUGGGACUCAAACCCAACGUGCUGGCGGGCACGUUGAACAGCAGGACGGCACUGGGACGAUUCCAGAUGAGAAACCAAGUGAACCAAAGCCUAGUCCCGCUGCUCCCCAACGAGAGACAACCGCUGGAGCCACAGGCAGUCAGGAGCGCACUGUUCCCAUUACCAGGACACCGGCCAGGGAUGGAGCAGACUCGUAUAGGAGAGAAGGGGCAGAUGUGCUCUGGGAUGUCCAGAGUGAAAUUUAUAUUGAGACCACGGAAAGAACGUGCGUGUACAAGACCGAGGAGAAGGCUGCAACAAGCCCACCGUAUAUGCAAGUGACCAUAGAAGAUGUGCAGGUUCGGGAUGGGGACCUGGCCAAGUUCCAGGCAGUUAUUGAAGGAAAGCCCCAGCCGACUGUUUCAUGGUACAAGGAUAAUUCCUUGUUGACAGACAGCAGCAGGAUCCAUCAAGUGAAGGAAGGCACAACCUAUUCCUUGAUCCUAGACAGUGCUGCCCUUGAAGAUCGUGGUGUCUAUACCUGCAUUGCCAAAAAUGCAGGCGGGGAGGUCUUGUGCAAAGCAGAGCUCAUUGUGCAUGAGGUCAAGAAAGAUGAAGUGGAAAAGAAGAAAAGCACCCGGAGAAAACUCCAUUCCUUCUAUGAGGUUAAGCAGGAGAUAGGAAGGGGCUGUUUCAGCUUUGUGAAGCGAGUUGUGCACAAAGGAAACAGAGUCUCCUGUGCAGCAAAGUUCAUGCCUUUGCGAAGCAAAACCAAGGCUCGAGCCUACCAGGAGAGGGACAUCCUGGCCAUGCUUUCCCACGACAAAGUCACCCGGCUGCUGGAUCAGUUUGAAACGAGGAAAACCUUAGUUCUGAUUUUGGAGCUAUGCUCCAGUGAGGAGCUCCUGGACCGGUUAUUCAGGAAGAGUGUUGUGACUGAAGCAGAGGUUAAAUUGUAUAUCAAGCAACUUUUGGAAGGAAUCCAGUAUCUCCAUGACAACAAUAUCCUUCACUUGGACAUUAAGCCUGCAAAUAUCCUGAUGGUUUAUCCCGAAAGAGAUGACAUUAAGAUCUGUGACUUUGGAUUUGCUCAAGUGAUAAAUCCGGCUGAGCCUCAGUUCAGCAAAUACGGGUCCCCGGAGUUUGUCGCCCCAGAAAUUCUCUCUCAGUCACCGGUGUCAAAAGCAACAGAUAUCUGGGCUCUUGGAGUCAUCACCUAUUUAAGCUUAACCUGCAAAUCUCCUUUUGCUGGUGAAAACGACCAAGCCACCCUUCUAAAUAUCCAGAAUGGGACAAUUUCAUGGAAUAUCCCCGAUUUUCUCCACCUAAGUGAAGAAGCAAAGGAUUUUGUCAAACGGAUCCUACAACAAUCUCCGGAGGCCAGACCGAGUGCUUUGGAGUGUCUCUCCCACAGCUGGUUCACGCAUAAUCUCCCAUUUGAAGACGCUCACUUUAUUGAUACAAAGCAGCUCAAAUUCAUUGUGGCUCGAAGCAAGUGGCAGCGCUCCCUCAUGUGCUAUAAAUCUGUACUGGUAAUGAGAUCCAUCCCAGAAAUCCUAAAGAGGACCCAUGAAAACACCUCUCUUGGCAUCUCCCGACACCUUUUAGAAGAGAGCAGCUCCACCAGUACUAGCGGUUCCUCGUCAGACAAUGAGAACUCAUCCUUCGCCAAGAGAAGGCACUUUGGCUCUACCCCAGAAUUGCACUUGUCUGUGUUUGAUGUACCGAGUUAUAAAGAACCUCCCACGAAGCCACCUCAAGAGAAACAAGCCAAGGCCUUAGAGCCUCCAGUAAAACCCAUGAGACGGAAAUACGCCUUAAUGAAGAAUGAACUGGAUGAUAAGUCACCUACGGAAAGCAGAGAAGUAAUACUAGAUGCCUCAGCUCAGAAGGGAGAAGAGAUUUGUCCUGAAGUCAAAAAUGAACAAACAGACCAGUCUCAAGAACAAGUUGCAGAAAAGCCUUUAGUGGCGAAGGCAGAAACCGUCAUCGAGGGAGCUGACUUAGCCUCACAAAAAGAAAAGGCAGAUGCAACACUACCUGAAAAAGAGCAACUUGACAAAGGUGGUGAUGGAGGAGGAAAACCCACUUUGUGCGUCCCGAGACAGAGCAUAAUUAAAAGCACGUUCUACAGCCAAGCGUCUGAGCUACCAGCCAAGGGGUCUAUCUCACCGGGAAGCGACCUCAGAAAGCAUCUGGAGAGAGCAAGACGGACCUACAGGAAAGCAGGGUAUUCAAAAGUACCUCUCAGCGGCCUUCGUGAACCCCUCCUAGAACACUUUGAACUGGAAGAAGAAGAGAGGCUAUCGGGCGAUGAAGACUAUGGGAAGCACAGAGAAGGUCUGACCAAAUCAGCUUCCUUCGAUACUGCAAGGAAACCACCCCACCCCACCUUCAGUGUUUCCAGAAGAAGCCGUUCCCUGGACGAUUACAGAUUGAGAGCCUUCAGGCUAUCCAAGGAAGACAGCAUUAAGGAAGAAGAGGGAGAUCAGGCUGCACAGGAGGGUGGUCCAAGACCGGCUCAUGAGCAGGACACUUCUGCUGACAGCAGCGAGGUGCAUGCAGAAGAGCUUUCCAGGGAGGAGGACACUAGCAAGGCUAGAAAGGAUCAUUUAGAAGAAGAGCCUGGUCCUUCCGCACCACGUGAAGAGGUCCGACGUUCAAGUCUACCUGCUCAACCAUCAGAGAGAGAUUUAGUCUCAGCUCACGAGAGUGAAACAGAGGAGCACCCGAAGCCACAACCUUCUGCUUAUAGUCAUGAGGCUUCUGCUGAUCUGGAAGGCAAAAGCCUGAUUUUAAUAGCUCAGCAAUCGGAUGUAACCUCAUCAUUGGCCUAUAAGCCUGCAAGUGUGCAGUUAAAACCUUCCAUUCCCAGUGGUCUAGAGUCCACUGUUGUGGGGGGUGAAGGCCCCAUUUUGAUUGUUCCUCAAUCAGAGGCGGCCCCUACAUCAGCCCACGAGAGGGAAAGAGGGGAACAUUUACUUGAGAAGCCAAAGCCUUAUGUUCACCAUGCUGAAGAGCAUGCCCAGAUGGAGGGUGAAAGCCCAGUUCAUCAGGCUAUUGCCCCAGUCUCAGUCCAUAAGGACGAAAGCCGGGAGCACUUACAUGGGAAACCUCCUGAUCACCAGGAUGCAACGUCCACUCCCGCGGACUGUAAAAGCCCUGUUCUUGCAACAGUCCCAGAGCCAGAAACUGCUCCACGCUCAGUUUGUGAGCCAGAAAGCCAGGGACAUUUAGAGCCCGAGGCUUUUGGCCGCCACAGCCCAGCAUCCGCUCAUCUAGCAAGCGAGCACCCAGCUGUCCUGGCAGCCCCAGCACCAGGAAUUACCUCCCAUUCAGUUUGCAAGACUGAAAGCCAGGAAUAUGUUGAGCGCAAGGCUUCUAAUUACCCCAGCCAGGCAUCCACUGUCCUUGCCGGUGAACAUCCAGCUGUUGCACGAGUCCUGCCACUGGAAACUGCCUUGCAGUCUGCAUGGGAGGCUGCAAGUCCAGAACAUUUGGCGCGUGCACAAGCAGAGGGGCAGGCGCCCAUGAUCCCAGUGGCCGAGCACCCAGCUGGUCCAGCAGUGCCACAAACUGAAGUUGCCUCGUGUUUGGCUGGUGAGCAUGAAAUCCAGAAACAUGUAGAUCACCGUGCCCUGGCAUCCACUGUUGCAGCAAGCAAACGCCCCCCUGUUCCAGGGGUUAGGCCGCUGGAAACUGCCCCCCUGUCCGCCGUUGAGACCGACAUCCAGGAACUCCUUGCUCUCGAGGCUUCUUCUGAUCGCCCCGGUGCAGCAUCCGCUCUUCUGGGAGGUGAACGCCCAGCAGCUCUAGGACUCACGCCACUGGAGGGUGCCCUGCAUUCAGUUUGUGAGCGUGAAAGCCCGAAGCAUCUCGAAUGCAAGGCCUUUGAUAGUAGCCCAGCAUCCACUGUCCCAGCAAGUGAGCAAGUGACAGUCCCACCACUACAGACUGCUUUGCCUUCAGUGUGUGAGCAUGAACACAAGGAGCACUUAGAGUACCACAGUGGAGCAGCAUCUGUUGCCCUGGAUCAGGAGCCCCCAGCUGUCCCAGCACCAGAAACUGCCCCUGAGUCAGUCUCUGCAGGUGAAUGCCAGAAGCAACAGGAGCCGCUGGUUUUGGGGGAGAUGGGAUCAGCCAUCCUGGAAAGCGUAAGCCCAGUUAUGGGAGAGACUGUCCCCACUUCCAGCGGUGAGGAUAAAAGCCAGAAAUAUUUGCAUCUGAAGCCUUUGGUUUACAGCGAGGUGGAGUCUGCCGUAUUGGAAGACUUGGUGGACAAGAUGGUUGGCCUGUCCGAAGAGAUGAGCGUUUUGGCAGAGACUGUUUCUAGUCAAGAGGGAUCAAUAAAGCUAGUCCCCCCUCCAAAGGAAAUGUUUUACCAUGGGCCAGCCGGCCAAGCAGUAGAUGGACGUGCCAUGCAUUUCGUGCCACCAGAUGAAAAAGAAGACAUCAUUUACCUGGAUGAUAUUGCGGAUGAUAUGACAUUAUUACCCGCGGUGAAAGAUGAAUCGACGAAGCCAGUGGUGUUGGGUGAAGGGACUGAAGAAGAGAUGGUUCCUCAUGAGUGUGAAGAUCUGGAGGAUUUAGCAGUCGAGAGCCUUGCUUCCAGCCAACACAGCGAUUCCCAGUCUGAUAGUUCAGGUUCUGUAAAAAUAUCCGCUUAUAUCGCCCAUAUAAAGGAAAGGAGUAUACACUCUGAAGUUUCCUUGGUGAAAAUCAAGGACCUCUCAGAAGACAUGUCUAAUUUUGGUGGUGAGAUUUCAAAAUUCGACAUAUCGGAGGUUGAGCCAGCAUAUUUAAACCUAUCAGAUCUGUAUGACAUUGUAUAUUUUCCAUUUGAAUUCAUGAGCUUCAGGAAACCCACGCCCAAGCUACCCAGUAAAAGAGUAAUGCGACUAGGGGACAAGUUACCUCCUGGGUACUUGCAUAAAGAUAAAAGGUUGUGUGUUCGAGAGGACAAUUCCCAGAAUGCCAGACACAACCUUUUGGAAAUUUCCGAAGAUGCAGGGAAAGGGUUGGAGAGCCACGUGGCAGGCAAAUCCCAGCCAGUCUCCCUAAAGGGCUCAAGUGGCAAACAGAGGAGCUCCAUGCACAGCAAGCCAGGCCUGUCCAAGCCCUACGGCAGGUCACACUCGGUGGAGCAGUCAGUGGAGCAGAGUCUGAGGAAUAAAGUAAAAGCUUCUGUUGCCCAUAUUUCAAGAAUCCUGAAGGGGAAACCGGCCCCUGAGCAAGAAAUAGAGGAAGGCAUCGAGGAGCAAGAAGCUGAUGCAUCAGAGAGUGAACCGCUGCAUGAAGCUGCAGGACAUUUGAAAAAGAAAUCAGGACUCCCGUCUUUCCGAUUAUCAAGCCUCAAAACAAAGGAGAAAGCACCCUCUUUCGUGGAAGAGCUGACCGACCAGACAGCGGUGCCAGGACAGUCCGUGACGCUCUCCUGCCGAACGUCUGCCCACUCGUCCCCGCACGUCGAGUGGUUCCGAGACGGGAUCCUCCUUCACAGCAGCAGUAGGAUACUGAUCUCAAGCACACUCAAACACUUCCAGCUUUUAACCAUGUUGGUGGUAACUCCAGAGGAUUUUGGUGUUUAUACGUGCGUGGCCACCAGCUCCUUAGGUACAGCAUCCACCUCCUGUUUGGUAAGGAAAGCAGAGGUUCCUGGGAGCCCUCCACCUCCUGAUAUUGUGGAGGUGUACGAAGAUGGGGUGCAGGUGGUCUGGAAACCGGUGGAAUCUACCAUCCCGGUUACUUAUGGCAUACAGUGCAAAAGUGAAGAUGGGGAGUGGACGACCCUUGCUACUGGUGUCUCUGACUGCUGCUACUAUGCCAAUAAUCUCCCGAGCGGCUUGGUUUACUCCUUCAGGACGGCCUGCAUCACUAAAGCUGGAAUGGGCCCGUACAGUACUCCAUCUGCCAAAGUAAAGAUUGGUGAAGAAGAACAGCUGGCCUUCCAGUCUGCAAAGCAGAGGUUCUCCGAAGAAGAGGCUGGAAUAAUGGCACCUGAAGAGCCUUUUCCAACCCACCAAACCUAUGCCUUCCAAACAGAGAUCAAAAGGGGUCGUUUCAGCAUUGUCAGACAGUGUCGGGAAAAACUGUGUGGGAAAGCGCUGGCUGCCAAAAUUAUCCCUUACCGCCCAGAGGACAAGCAGGCUGUGCUCCAGGAAUAUCAGGUCCUGAGGAAGCUUCAUCACAUAAACAUAGCGCGGUUGGAGGGAGCCUACGUGAGCCCACGGCACCUCGUCCUCAUCCAGGAGCUCUGUGUGGGCCCAGAGCUACUCCACUCUUUGGCAAACAGGCCAUCUUAUUCCGAGGUGGAGGUCCGAGACUACCUGUGGCAGAUUCUUAUUGCUGUGGAGUACCUCCAUGCCCACAACAUCCUGCAUUUGGAUCUGAGGUCUGAAAACAUGAUCAUUACUGAGCCCAACCUGCUUAAGCUCCUGGACUUCGGCAACGCACAGUUCUACACACCAGACAAGAUCAUUACUAUGGACAAGUGCACGGACUAUGUUGAAACCAUGGCUCCAGAGCUCCAGUCAGAGCAAGGAGCCCUCCCACAGACUGACAUCUGGGCUGUCGGCGUCACUGCUUUCAUCAUGCUGAGCGCCAACUACCCGCUCAGCUCGGAGGUGGCCUGUGACUUCCCCAGAAUUGCCAGGAGAGGGAAGAUCAAGCUCACUCGGUGUUACGCGGGGCUGUCCGGAGGGGCCGUGUCGUUUCUCCAGAGCACGCUCUGCGCCAAUCCCUGGGGGAGGCCGUCGGCAGCAGAGUGCCUGCAGAUCCCCUGGCUGCAGGAGACAGGCUUGGACGACAAGCAGCAGGCAGUGGUCACCUUCUCCACCACCAAGCUGAGGAGUUUCCUAACAGACCGGGAGAAGAAGAGGAGCCUGCUGUGUUCAAAGUAUGGCGUGAUGAUCGCACAGUGAAUCCAGGCACCUCCCACCCCUCCAUGGACCCCCGCUCAUUUGUCCAUCAGGGGCAUGGCACAGCUGGUUCUUAACUCCCUGGAGGAAAGCAGUGACCCUGAUGCCUCAGAGCGGGAUUUGUAUGGCCAAUUCCCAUUAGAAGUGAAUGGGAACUGGGCAUCCCAAUCCCCUAAAUGGCUGUGAAAAUCCUUUCCUCAGUGCUGGAAGACAGCACAUAAAUACUGCUCAAAGACUUCCACCCUGGUUUCCAGCCACGGCUCGUGGACACCUGCCCCUUCAGACCCCGUGGCCCUGCAGCGACGUUUGAUCCUCAUUGUUUGGGCGAUACUCAGGCUGGUUUCUAGCCUUUCUCCAACCCAGAAGGAGCUGGCAAAAUAUUGCCCUUGAAAUGGAGCCCGGAGCUGGUGGGUGGGCAGAGGAGGCAACCAAAUUGUGUCCCAGGGUGAAAUAAGUCUUAAUUGUUCCAAGAAACCCCAAAUGUUGCUGUGGGGAUAUCAGGAGAUAGGAUGUGUCUGCCUUUCUUCUCAGUCACCUGGGGGUACCUGCAGCUGCCGAUAGCAUUUGUGCAACCCGCUGUGUCUGCCACAGACCAGCCGGGGGCUGGAGUAGACGUGUACAGUCAGGACCCACCAGCAGCUGGGUUCAGGGUGCAGUGUGCCGUGGUCCUGGAUGCCUACAAAGCCUGCGGUUGCCAGUGGGGAUCGAAUGCAAGAGGAAACCUGGGUGUAGCUUCCCCAGCUGUGAAAAAGCAGCUGGCUACACAGAAGCCACAAAAAUGGAGAAUGAAAAGCCAGCCACAAAAUGGCUUCACAAGACCACAUUAUGUGACAGCCAACCUGGCAGUGCCGAGGGGAUUUGAGCUAGGGUCCACAGUCUGUAGGCAGCAGCUCUACCCGGUGAGCUAGAAAGGAGCCGUCUUGUUCCCAGGCUAGUAGGGGCCAUGCUAGGUUGGUCUCCACUGGAAAUCGGUCUUAUGUGCAUCCUAUAGCACAGGACGUGUGCAUGGUUUUCUGCUUCAUUAACCCUGCUGGCUAUCCAUUGCGGGCCUCUACCUGCAAGAGGUAAUGACUGGCGUGGCAUCGAUAGUCCUCAUUUUUCAGGGCUGGGGGCACAGCUUAAUCCUUUGUGUGCUGCUCCAUCCUGGACGAUGGCCCAGCUCGUGCCAUCUCAGACACACAAGCCCUUUCUUUUCCACUCUGCAGGGUUGGGGGCACAAUUUAUCCCACUGCCGCGUGUGCCCCUGCUUCCUCUGCUGCAGGAAGAGCAGCCCCACGUCUUCCGAGGACUAGUAUUUCUGUGAGCAUCACCACAGUGAUGCUGGACACAUAUUUCAGGGCUUUCAUUCUGAGAGUCAGGAGCAGGCCUACCAGGCACUUUCCCUGGCUUGGUUUAUCUGGAUUGGUUGUCUUAGAAAUAUAUGCGAUGCUUAGAAAUACAAAGUUGGUUCUGCCACAUGAUACCUCGGCAUGUUGCUAAGGGUCUCCCCCAGAGGAAAUGGUGCCUGAGGCUCAACGCAUGUAGGAUUUGAGCCUUGGGAAUUCCUUCUCAGAGGAGCACGUGCAGGAAGGAAACUUUUGUCCAUCCCUGAGACAGUACUACAGUCACCGAAGGCCAUGCCUGGGAGCAGGGGUGCAGGAGUGGUGCAUUGCUCGCCUCCCUAUAGAUACCACUCCCUGUGCUUUACCUCUGUGAGCCGUGCUCUUUUGCAGCUGGAAGUGCAGUGCAACAGAGGAAGCUUCUUCCCAGCAGGUGACUUUGGCAGGAUCAGCACUGUUGUUGGCCAAACGCCGGCUUGACAGGUGCUCGUGGAAGAUGCUCAUUUUCCUUUCAUGCCUGCUGUGCCCUGUUGAAUCAGCUAUGCCCAACACAGCCCCUUCUACUGAAGCAAACUAGCCAGUGCAAUGCUUUCGGUUGUGUGUCUUCAACACAGCGAAGACUGCUUCUGCUAGAUGGUCAGACAGCAAUGCUUGCUUGCUGCUAAAUAUUUGAAGUAUAUCCAUGUACAAUACACCUUUUGUGAUGCUGAAUGCACAAAAUGCAUCCAGGUAAAAGGCACCUCUGCUGAGCCGGUGACUGUACAGUUCAAAUGUGCUUUCUGUGGUCCUGAUGUAUCUAGGUAGAUGAUACCCACUACGUGUGCUCCUGGCAUAUCUAGACAGAACAUGUCUGCUCUGCUGUGCAACGUCCUACGUGUAUCAGGGUAGAUGCACCUGUGGUGGUGUUGGCUGUUUUACAUGCACCUAGGUAGCGCACACCUACUUUUGCUGCUGAAUGCUCUGGCGUGUCUAGGUAGGUCAUACCGCUAUGCUGCUGAGUAUACCAGGCAUACCUAAGUAGGACAUGCCUGCUGUGCUGCUGAAUGUCUGGGUCAACCUACGUAGAUUAUACCUGCCAUGCUGUUGAAUGUAUUAGGUGCACCCAAAUAGGAUGCACCUGCUGUGCUGCUGAAUCUCCUGGGUGAAUCUAGGUAGAUAAACUGCACCCAUUGUGCUGGUGAAUGUUUUAGAUGUAUCCGAAUACAACACACCUGCUAUGCUGCUGUAUACACGCUAAUCAUUGCAUUGACAUUGUGAAAGCAGUUCAUAGAAAACCUGCUGCCUUCAGUUGCCUUGAAGUAGCAGCAUCGCAUAAGCUAGUCCCCGCUCUUGCCUAGGGUCCUAUUUAUCCUACUCGCACGACAGUCAAGGGCUUCGGAAGCAUCAACGGCCUUGGCAUCGUUAGGGAGAGAAAUUGCAUGUUUAAAGGGAUUCUUCCACAUAGGAGCCUGGGCUGUUGACGUAUAUAGAUCCUUUGAUCUAGUACAUGGGAGUGUGCUUUCACAUCACCCUGUGAAUGCAGCCAGUCGUACUGAGAGAUGUGGGAACAGAGUUAUUGGCAAAUGCAGUAGGUCUUGAUUUGUUCUUAAGAGGCCAAAGCUUCCCAUAGUUUAGUUUUUUUUCAUUGUUUCAAAAAAAACCUGUUGUGGGUUGUUUUCUUUUACAAUUAAAAGCUGUUAGUCUAACCAUGUGAUUCAUUUGUGCCUAUAAUCUCUGUGUACUUGUGAGUGUAUAUGAAAUGAAUGAACUACCCAUUGGU